AUGGCGACAGCGGAGGCGAAUGCGCCGAAUGCAUCGAAUGCACCUGAAGAAUCCGAGGGUUCGCCAAUCGUGCUCGAGCUGAAGAAGCUCGAUGACCAGAUGCUUGCAGUUCAGAAGGAGUACGAGAAGGAAGUGCAGAAGCUGAAGCGGCAGUUCCAGACACAGCAGGCUCCCUUUAUCGAGGCCCGCGACAAGGUGCUUUCCGAGAAGGAGGGCAGCGAGGACCCAGGCACAGGAACGCCUGCGCUGAAAGGCUUUUGGGUUCAGGCCCUCUUGAACCAUCCAGCGUUCGAGGACGAGGUCGAGUCUUAUGACAUCCCUGUCCUGGAGUUUCUUCGGACGAUUGAAGCAGAGGAUCUGGACAAGGAGGAUGCAGAAAAGGGAUUUCGGCUGAUUUUCCAUUUUGCUGAGAACCCCUACUUCACAGACAGUUCUCUGUCACAAGAGUACCAUAUGCAUGAACCGAACCGCUACAACGGAGAGGUCAAGGUCCAAGAGCUCAAAGGCUGCACUGCAAACUGGAAGGCAGGGCAAGAUGUCACGAUGGGCAAGCCGGCAAAAGGAUCAGGAGGAAAGAAGAAGAAGAAGUCGCAGAAGGAGAAGCUGCUGGAGCCGCGCAAGUCCUUCUUCCGCGACUUCUUUCGAAGCUUGAAGGAGGGGGACGAACUGCCGGAGGAUGUUGACACUCAGCAGCUCUGCAUGCAAAUGGGCGAUGACGAGAUGGAGGAGGAAGAGAUGGUUGAGGCACUGCUGGAGAAUGCUUACGACUGUGGCAUGGCGCUGCGCACUCAGAUAAUCCCAUACGCAGUUCGCUGGUAUACGGGUGAAGCGGCGCCCGAUGACGAGUACGAUGAUGAGGAAGAGGAGGAGGAAGAGGAAGACCAGGACGAGGAGUUGGAGGACGAGGAGGAGGCAGGCAAAAAAGGAAAAGGAGGCAAGAAGAAGGCAGAGGCGCCGCAGGAAUGCAAGCAGCAGUGA